GAUGCUCCAGACUUCAAGCACAGAGCCGUGACACAACUUGAGAGGAGUCAGACCAUACAGACCAUUCAUAAAACCACAUCAACAACACAACAGCACACCAAGCUAGACUCACAUCAGCCCACUUCUCCAGUUCACCCUCUUUGACUCACUGUGCACAUUUAUUCUUGCGGCUUUUCACUUAUGUCCCGCAAAUCCAGCGAUGACUAUAAUCUGCGUAGUAUGAGCAAUCUGAUGGGCGAGAGGAGGAAGCGAGCGUCGGAUGAUGGAGAGCGGAGUCUCAUCAAGGCUCCGUCCAGCGCCAGCCUCAGCAGCGCCGGUCCCUCAGCAGCGUCCCCCGCGCCGGCGGACCUGGAGCGUGCGGCGCGCAAACAGUUCCAGCAGGAUGUCAUGCCGGGUUUCGUCUACGUCCUGGCCGUGUUCUCCGCUAUCGGCGGCUUUCUGUUCGGAUAUGACACCGGGGUGGUGUCCGGAGCGAUGCUUUUGCUCAAGAGGGACAUGAAUGUAACUGCCCUGUGGCAGGAGCUGCUGGUGUCCGGGACUGUUGCCGCGGCGGCGGUCUCCGCGCUGCUCGGCGCGUAUCUCAACGGACUGUUCGGGCGGCGGGUGUGCAUCCUCACGGCCAGCUUCACCUUCGCCAUUGGGGCGAUAGUGUUGGGAUCUGCACCCAAUAAGGAGGCUCUGCUGGUUGGACGGCUCAUAGUGGGACUUGGGCUGGGUAUUGCAUCCAUGACUGUUCCUGUGUACAUUGCUGAAACCUCACCGCCCCACCUGAGAGGACGCCUGGUCACCAUCAACACUCUGUUCAUCACAGCAGGCCAAUUCACAGCCAGCGUUAUUGAUGGGGCCUUCAGCUACAUGCAGCAUGAAGGCUGGAGAUAUAUGCUGGGUCUGGCAGUGGUCCCUGCAUUGCUGCAGUUCCUAGGGUUCCUUUUCCUACCCGAGAGUCCUCGCUGGCUCAUCCAGAAAGGUCUUACCCAGAAGGCCCGGCGCGUACUCAGCCAAAUCCGUGGCAACCAGAACAUUGACGAGGAGUAUGAUACUAUCAAAAGCAGCAUUGAAGAGGAGGAAAAAGACUGCGAAGGAGACUGUGGGUGGUACUCUCCUGCAUUCUCCUCGUUCCUCGUUUCCUCUCCGUAG